CAGCGCGCUCACGACGCAACGCGCGCGGCGGCAGCUUCUAAAGUAAAGAUGGCGGACAUGAUGAGCACCGAGCUGUCAGAGGAGAAAGAGCCUGAUGACCGGAGGAGGAGGCACACACGGCCGUGGGAUGAUUCACACAAGUCUGCAGAGAUGCCGCUAACUCCAGGAAACCCCGAGACUCUGGGCUUUUACGACGUUAGCCACGCUAGCGACGCGACAAGUGAGCAGCAGGAGCACUCUUCAGACCCAUCGCUGUCACGCUUCAUUUGUACAGAACUCACCAGUGGCUAUUUCCUGGAGCACAAUGAGGCUAAAUACACAGAGCAGCGGGAGAGGGUGUACACAUGCAUGCGGAUUCCCAAAGAACUGGAGAAGCUGAUGCUGUUUGGCUUCUUCCUGUGCAUGGACGCCUUCUUGUACGCGUUCACCCUGCUGCCACUCAGGGUGCUGCUGGCCACGCUCCGCCUUCUCACACUGCCCUGCUGUGGCUUUAGUGGGAGUCGUCUACUGCAGCCUGCCCAGGUGUGUGACAUGCUCAAAGGCCUGAUCCUGCUCCUGUGUUACUCCAUGAUGCACUACGUGGACUAUGCCAUGAUGUACCACCUGAUCCGAGGACAGUCUGUUAUCAAACUCUACCUCAUCUACAACAUGCUGGAGGUGGCAGACCGGCUCUUCUCCUCCAUCGGCCAGGACGUUCUGGAUGCUCUGUACUGGACAGCCACAGAACCUAAAGCUCGAAAGAGGGACAACAUUGGAGUCAUCCCCCACUUCAUCAUGGCUGUCUUCUAUGUCUUUCUCCACGCCAUCCUCAUCAUGGUGCAGGCCUCCACACUCAACGUAGCCUUCAACUCCCACAACAAGUCCCUGCUGACCAUCAUGAUGUCCAACAACUUUGUGGAGAUUAAAGCAAAUGUUUUCAAGAAAUUUGGGAAGAACAAUUUAUUCCAGAUGUCAAACAGUGAUAUUAAAGAAAGGUUCACCAGCUACAUCCUGCUCCUCAUUGUGGUUCUGAGGAAUUUGGAGCAGAUGGCAUGGAACAUGGGUCACCUGUGGAAGUUGAUCCCCACUAUCGUGAUGGUGGUGAUCUCUGAGGUGGCUGUGGACAUUAUCAAACACGCUUUCAUCACGAAAUUCAACAACAUCCGGGCAGAGGUGUACAGUGAAUACAGAGCCAGCCUGGCCUUCGAUCUCCUAAGCAGCCGACAGAAAAAUGCUUAUACAGACUACAGUGACUCGGUGGCCCGCAGGAUGGGCUUCAUUCCCCUGCCCUCUGCUGUUCUGCUCAUCCGAGUGGUCAUGACUUCAGUGAAAGUACAAGGAGCUCUGGCAUACACUUGUGUGUUCCUCUUGUAUCUUGGACUUCUCACACUCAAAGUUCUGAACAGUAUUGUGCUGCUGGGGAAGUCCUGUGUCCUCAUUAAGAGAGCCAACAUGGAGGACAAACUGUACAAGCAACCAGCAGCUUCAGAGAGCACAGACACGUCAGCACCAACAGAGAGCAACACAGAGCCGGCGCCAUGUUCCACUCCCACAGCUGAAUCUGUGGAGGAGCAGCUGCCUGCCACACCCCCCAAACCUCCCAUCCCCAUCUCCUGCCAACCCACCCCAAGGACUGACCUGUUCCCCCCUCCUGCCAUCACGGUGCGCUCUGUUACCGCCACUUCCACCAUCACUGCAACCACCCCCAUCCCCGAAAACCGUGCCUCCACACCGCCACCGGAGCCUGAGCAGCCCAUACCCUCUCUGUCCAAGGAGGAGGAGGGGGAACCAGGUGCCAACUCAGAACUGAGACAGAGGACUUCUAAGAAAGAGCUAUUGGAGAUAGACCGCUUUACCAUCUGCGGAAGCCGAAUUGACUAAAACUGCAGGGGGAUGGACAAAAUGUAGCGCUUAACCACUCAGGGAAGCUAGCCAGCAGUGAAUGACAGUAUUUAUUAUUGACAAUAUCGACAGCACUUCUAAGUUAUUGGGUGGGCGAUGUUGUUGAACUAAUGGGUGAGAUGUGUGAAAAGGGUGUAUGGGUGUGUUGCAGACUUUUUACAUAGAUUUAAAGCUGCUCUAUGGAACUUUUCUGGUUCCUUGUCUCCAUGGAGAUAUUAGUGCUUUACCUGUUAUGUUCUACAUUAUGGCGUUGAACUAAUAUACCGUAAAUUUCUGACUAUUGAGAGCACAUGGAUAUAGGCCACAGCAGCCAAAUUUUAAAAGAAAAUACAUUUUGUACAUAAAUAGGUCACACUCAAAUAUAAGCCAUAUGUUACAAAUAUGUUGUAACAUGAGAUAUUUACUCAGAAAGACGGUACAUGGAGUUUUUUGAGGGGUUUUUUCUGUGUCUGAAAACUCCUGAAAAUCAGCAGUACGGCACCAAAACGCCAUCAACACAGGAUGUACAUACCUGCAUGUUUAGAAAAAACAGCACCAACACAGGCCAUCUGCUUUUAUUUCCUCUGAAAGCUUUCGUUGUCUUUUUACAUUGUCGUCUUUUUACAUUGACUAAGUUCUUCCCGUUGCCGCCUCCAAUGUCGCACCAUCACCUUAAUGCCAAGCUUACGUGCAAUGGCUCUGUUUCUUUAUUUGAGGCCAGAUCCAUUGCCUCUCCAUCUUAAAAGCUGCAUCAUAUGUAUUUUUUCGUGUAUUUUCCAUGAUGAGGGUGUAUGCAUGAUGCACAAAAUGACAGUUCAAAAGAUCUUUACUGGCCGCUAGCCAGUAAAGAUCUAUAAAUUAGCCGCACCAUUGGCCGCAGGGUUUAAAGCAUGGAAAAAAGUGGUGGCUUAUAGUUUGAAAUUUACGGUAUCUUGCGUUCAUUCAACUACUCAUGUUAUUAGUGUUUUUAUUUCUAUUAAAAUACAAUAAACAUGCAGUCUUGCUGUUGGCGGACUAGCUUCUUCACAGAUCUGACCUAUAACGUGGUCUUGGCAUGGACACCUGGUCAUCUCCAUGUGUAUAGAUUUAUUACUAUAAUAGGGAACAUUCCAAGCAAAGCAAUAACAUCUCCAUCUGGACAAGCAGGGGACAAAGGUUGCAUAGUGUACCUUUUUAAGGGGUGUUUUGGACCAGCAAAAUGUGACACUUGAACAAUGAGUAUUAGCCAACUACCGUCCUAACAACAUGUUCAAGUUGAUAUUACUUUCACUUGGCGGCUUUAGGUGCAUUAUCCCAUGUACCGAGCUCAGUAUGAUUGUUGCACUUUUUUUUAAUUCACUUUAAAUGUGGAGAGAGCAAAAACACAGAAUAUAUUCAAACAAGCCAUUUAAUUUGGAUUGCUUGGUCAAAAUUAUUUCUGCAGUGGUUCAAAGUUGAAUUAUAACAUGACCCACACAGGCAAUACAAUUUCCAUUCCAUUAGUAGGUUAGGUUCUACUUCACACAAAUGAAAUUUUGACUUUAAAUAACUUUUGGGAAAUAGUUUGUACUAAAUUACUGGAUAUUGAAAUGUGUUCAGUGGAGCUCAACAGUUCUGCCUGCUUCUGGAAGUAAAUUUUCCAUUCAUUUUUCUCAUAGACUAAUAUCCAUAACAUGGUUGUUUUAAGUCCAAAAAGCAUGUUUAAAAUGCAAGAUUCUACAAAAUGUUCAACAGAUUUUACAUACCGGUUGGUGUUAUAAAGUCGUGCUGUCAUUAGUUACCGCGUAGCUGAUUAGCCCUGAGCUUUCAAACUUUGGGUGGUCACUGUUAAGCUCCAUUAACUUUAACAAUAUUUACAUGUAAAAAUAUGACAAGUCAAAACUUCAUUUAACUUUAAUGUUGCUUCAGUGAAACGACAGAACUUCUCCAUUCCACAAACGUGAAGCAUAGAAUGACCAAAAUGAGGGUGUGGGUGGUCGAGGGCACUGGCACUCGAGGACAUCCGCACGGGGAACAUAUUAGUUAUAGUUGAGCAGAUUUAAAAUUUCAGCUUCUGCCAAUUCAAAUGUGCCACCUGUGACAACUCACAUUUACACAUUUUUGCAUGAUUUAGAACACAAUGGUUCUGCUAGUUGUAGAGUUGUGCCAAUUUAAAACCGGAAAAAAAAAAAAAA